AACAUAGGACGGCACCAUCGACCUGCUGUGUGGGGGCCAAGCUGACACACAACCUCCACAGAUCAAAUAAGUACUCGUAAAUGUGCCAACAAAAAGGAAGUACUAAAAAUGUAUUAAUCAGAAGAUCAUUUUAGUUAAAUUGUGCUGAAUGGGAUUUUUUUUUGUUAUGAUCGAACAUCCCCACAAACCAGGGAGCGUGGAUGGUUCCUAAAAUGGCGGCGGUUUCUGUCAGUGUGGAGUGAAACUUUCUUCUUUUUAGCGAAUAUUAGGCGCUUUUCAGACUCGUUUUGUCAACUGGGCUCGUGUGUUCAGUGACAUAAAAUUUACCGGGACCCAGAGGCGUUUGGCCGAAGUAAUUCGGGCCGACUGGUGUCACCCUGUGCUCCGUGUUUGAUCGUCAAACCGCCGGGCUUCCCUCGAAGUUCACGGCGGCUAAGAGCCUGGCUGACAUUGCGAUCAUUCCGACUGUUGUUGUCAUCGGAUCGCUCAACGCGGAACCGUCGGCGAACACGAGACCUAUCUGUGUAGCUAGCUAGCCUAUCGAGCCGGCGGAGCGGGUGAGGUUAGGUCUAAGAUCCUGAGGCCGUGUCACGUCAGCUGUCAGUGGACACCGAGGCGCUGUUGGAUGUCACGACGGUGCAGUGUCAGGCGGGAUUUGGUUUGCUAGCAUCGUCCACUCUGGCAAAUCAAAUGGAGAAGCUCCAGGACCUGAGCCAAUCGAAGCUACAGGAGCUCCUGGAUAACCCGCAGAGGUUGGAGUCUAUGGCCCUGGAGUCCGACGAGAUCCAGAACAUUCAGCUGGAGCGAGAAAUGGCGCUGGCAUCAAAUCGCAGCCUUGCUGAGCAAAACCUAGACAUGAGGCCUCGUCUGGAGUCACAGAAGGAGGGGCUGGUGGAGAGAUACUCUCAAUUAGAGGCCGUCAGAGUCACCUACAAACAGCACUGCUCCCUGAGAGAUGGUAUAGUGGGUCAGGUGUCUCCAGAGGCGUUGUUCUCCAGACUACAGACAGAGGGCGGCAAAACAGAGGCAGAGUCAGAGGUUCUAGCUGAUGAGUUUCUGGAGGGCUCUCUUCCACUGGACUCUUUCUUUGACCGUUUCCUCUCCCUGCGCUCCCUCGCUCACAAAAGACGAGUACGGAUAGAGAAACUCCAGGAGAUCCUGCGGCAGAGGAGCGAGGGCAUUCCCUCCACCAUGACAUCAUCAUCAGCAGGCAUCAGCCAGGAUCCUGCUGCCACGCCCUCACCGUGGAAUCAACAGACGACAACUACAACAACAACAAAUCAGCAGCAGCCGAACUCCAACCCUCAGUCCUCCAGUUACCAAAACGCAUCUCAGCCGGCCUCCUCAUCUGCAGGGUGCUGCCCCGGCCUACCCUACAGUCCAUACCCUGUCUCCCCACCCAAUGCCCCCCCUGCAGCAGCAGCAGCAGCAGCAGCCUCUGGCCCAGCCAAUCCACCAUCACAAUUCUCUCCUUACCCAGGUUCCGGCUCACCUUACGGCCCCCCAGGUAGCUUUUCUGGCCCCAGGCCCACUUUUGGGCCUCCGGCAUCAGCCACCUGUCCUUACCCUACUCAGCCCUCCUUCCCUGCACCACACCCAGGGUCAGCAUUUGGCCAGUACACCCCAAGUCACCCCCAGAGUGGCCCUGCCCCCUACCCGGCCUCCUACAGCUAUGGCGGCUACAGCUACCCUGCAGGGGCCCCCUAUUCCAGUUCUCAGUCACCAACGGGGCGACCCAUCUACAGACCAGGAUAUGGAGUUCCACAGCCAUACUCCUGAAAGCAUGACUGCUCCUGUUUCUCAAUUUCCUUCCUUCUUUACUGUCUCCUCCUUAUUUUCUUCCCUCCCUCCCUGAGCUCUCUCUCCCCUUACCCAAAGUCCUUGUCCCCUUCUUGUCUUUUUACCUUUUCUACCCCCCCUUCCUGUCUCCCAUGCUCCCAGAUUCAAGAAGUGUCGCUUUACUUAUCUUUGUUGCACUAUUUCUCUCUUUCUCUGAAAAUCAGUCUGUUGAUAUCUGUCUUUCUCUCUUUCCUCUUCCCUUUCUCUGUCACCUUACUUCCCCCCCACUCCCCCCCACUAGUCUCAGGUUGUUACGUUGUCUUCAAAUGUUAAAACACUUGUAUCUGUCCCUUCAUACACUCCCUCUCUCCACCCACCCACCCAUUCUCCUCUUCCAUGUCAAGUGUGUGUGUUGCUAUUGGGCAAUCAGAAAGACCUUAUAAACACACAAGUGCACUCCCCUUGAGACAAAUGCAUGACAGAAAUCUGUCUUUGUAACAAGACAUCAGUGUCCAGUAACCGUCCCAGUUUCCCCUCCAUAGGGCUCAUACAAAGCAGUUAAAAUGGGAAAGUGAAUGACUGGCACACGUUAUGGCUGUUAUACUAGGUUAAUUUAAGGACAGGGUUUCGAGGGAAUGAUUUUCUCAGCUUUUGCUGGCUCAUUUAUUAUCUUCCAGACACUUAGCUACUCCAAACAUAAUUGUGGCAGGUGAAUGUCAUUAUUCACACUGACACAAGAAUCAUCAGUAACCCUUUAUUUUCUUUAACCAAAGACGACGACUUUACUUUGUUUUGUCUCUUUGAUUUUUUUAUUGACAGAGGCUGUUUAAAGCAGCAAACUCAAACAUCACUGUGAAGGCCCAGAGAGACUGUGUGGAGAUAAAGUGACUGCUCACAGGAGAUAGAAUAGCAGAACCACCGGAGAGAACAACAGUUGUGUAACAAGGUUAUUUUUCUCUCAUCAUCAUCUCACACAAGAGAGAGAAGAAAACCCUCUCAGAUGUAAAGGAACCUAUCAGAUCAUAGCGGGGAAAAGAUUUAUUUGUACCAUUGACAGUGGACCUUGAAUUAAACUCAGUUUAAUCAGAGCUAAACUCUGUCCAGACAGGAUGCUAUUGGUCAGUGGUGCAAAUGUGUGUUUCCCAGUUGAACUGUGAGCCUUGAUACUGCUAUUCCUACAGCUCAGACUGGCAAUAACAGAGUGCUGUGGCUCCAGUGUCAGCAACUCGCUUUAUCAGAACCUUUUCUCUCAAUGCUGUUGCUGCUGCUGCUCAAAACAAGGCUGAUGAGAUUGGAGUUUAGUUGGAAAGAAUAAACACAUUAUGAUAAAAUAGGUUUUUGAAAGACUUCCCUGAGUUGAGUAAUAAGCAGAGCAAUAAGCAGAGUAAUAAUGCUAAAAAUUACUGUUGAAGUUUAAGGUAAGGGAACGUUUGUUCAAACCUAAAUACAACCUUUCCUUCCUUUCGGCAGCGAGUUGAACAUUUGGAGCCUUCUCUACAGUCUCCUUUCCUUUACCAAGAUAAAGAGAGCAACUGGACAUUAGGGGAGCUUUUCAUUUUCAGUCCUUAGUUGUCUAUGGUGCCAUAUCUUCUAUAUAUUUAGCUAAUUCCAUAAAAUAACAAGGCACAGAGGGAGCUCUGACACAUAUUUGUACCAUUUUACAGAAUGUGAUAGUGUGGAAGACAGAUGUUGGCUACAUGCUAGGUUGUCCACCUGUCCAAUAUACAGUACUGUUUUUUUUGGACAGGUGCAUUAGACAGUGCAAUCCCCACUGAUACAGUGUGUCAUUUAAUGCUAGGAGACAGAAAAAUGAAAAAGUAUUGUGUAUUUGAGGUGUUAUUAGUGAAAUAUAGAUUGUGUGAUUGAUAUGUAGGGGGAGUCACAGAAUACCUGAGACAAUGAUACCUGCUGCUGCCCCCCCCCCCCCCCAAGCCUCACCACGUCGUCUGUCCUCUCCUCCUCUCCAUCACUCUCCUCCUCUCCUCUCCAUCACUCGCCUCCUCUCCAUCACUCUCCUCCUCCCCAAACCUUCUUGUUGAACAUGAACUGAUGCUUGACAAUGAUUAUCAGAAGAAAAAUGUUUUAUUUCUACUAAUUCACACAAAACAAGUGUUUUGUAUAGAUUAAUGGAGAGAGAAGAUAUAAGGUUGGCAUUCAGUUCUAUGUCAAUUGAAUCAACUCAAAUAAUAUCCCCUGGAACGGCAAUCUAGGUAACGGAUGAGUGAUCAUUUAAUGACGUUUUAGAAGUUGACCCCACCUGUCUAAAGUCUAUACACUUCUGAAUGACCAUCAAACUAAUCAUGUUUGAUUGGUUUUACAUCUCGUCUCAGCUGUAUUAUUCCAUACACACUGGUUGCUGCAAAGGUUUCUGAAUAUAACAGCUUUCCUUCUGUUUGAAUGACACCAGUUGUAUGUUGAAGUGAUUGAAUUGAAUAUAAAUUUGCCCCAGCCUCUAAAAUACUGUACUGCUAUUAACACUUUUAUUAACACUAGUGCUUUUAUGUCUACAAAAGCAGAAGAAGGGAAUCAUUGAAGGGAGCUGGAACUGUGCGCUAAGACGAGAUGGUAAAGACAACGGCAGUAUUGCCACAAUAGUUAUUGGCUUAACAUACAUAGCUACACAUCUUCUAUCUGCAAGUACAUUUUUUCAAUCAGAACAAUGAAGGUCAAAGAUUGUUUAUCAAAGAAUUUAGAGUCUUGUCAGAAACAACUUUAAACUGCUGAUGUACUUAAGAUGUCCCAGUUGCAGUAUCACCAGUGGUGGAACAGUGAGUCGUUCAUGACAGUGUCUUUUCUGUCACUGAAGUUGCUUGUGUUCUAGUUUAUUGACCAUAUCCACAGAUCACUUUAAAAUAAUUGAUAUAAAAUCGAAAAGUGCUCAUAGAUAUUUAAUUUAAUGUCCCAGUUAAACAGAUGUCAGAGCUUUGUCAGUCCUCAUAUUUAUGUCUGAUAAAAACAUGACGCAUGGCUCCACUUUGUCACUUCAUAUUCAGAGCUUCACUUGAGUGCGUGCUGUGAAAAAUGACAACAUUAGUUUGAAGAGGACAGUGGACGUUUCCUACAGAUCACUAAACAAGAUGGUACUAUAAAAGCCUUCAUGUGUCAAAUUUUUAGAUUUCCUUGUAGAUCACUGAUAAACUAGCUGCACUCCCACACAGUGUUGCAGCAGAAAGGCUGUGACACAUGGGUGGAUGUAUGGGCCAAACCGCCACGUGCUGAUUAACGCAUGCAGUGUUCACACCAAACGCGAUGCUAUACUUUCACAAGAUGAGAUUACAUGUAAAGACCCAAAUAAAUGACAAUUUCAAAUCACUUGGGACGGGCAACACAAAGAGGCAAAAUACAUGCGAUUCUCCUCAAGGCCUGGGCAUGUGUACACAAAUGUUCAAUUCCAAUCAGCGAAUUAAACAAACAUUUGUUUCCUGUGGCAAGGAAAAAAUUGCAGUUUGGGUUCACAGGGGCUUCUACUCGGGGGCAUAUGUUACCGUGCCCCCGAGUUUAAAUAUUUAAAUUUGAGCAAAAUAAAAGACAGGGUGUUUCAAAUGCCAGUCGGCAUUGAGAAUGAAAACUCAACAGGUCAUCAAAAUGGCCCCUGGUCAUCCUCAGUUAGCGCUGGAAACAGCACACAUCCAGACAUCUACAGGUGAAGAUAGUUGGCGAUCUGUGUGCGCCUCCUGGUGGUCUUGUGGUUCCAGACAUGAUGACGCUGGCUUUUCCAGUCGUUUGCAUUGGUCGAGUAGGUAGCGCCUGUAAACACAAGUGAUGCUGCAGCUAAACUUGCACCUGUAAUACAACGUGAAAAACUGCUUGGCAUUUUGUGAGAACACAGCAUAAAAUGAAGAAGUCUUAUUGCCUCAGAAUAAUUGUAGUUUACCACAAACCAGUCUUUUUAACAGAUUAAUAAGCUGUAACUAAGGCACUAUUUAUGGUUAAUAAUAAUACUAAUGCUUAUUCAAUUAGUUUAUGAAAUUUAUAAGUUAGAGGUUAUAAAGUAAAUGACAGUUUCAGCUCUUCAUGUAGCCAUCGCUCAGUUUGUAUGUGAAGGUCUGCAGACUCCUUUCAGACUUGACCUUUAUUAAAUCAGGUUUCACCAUUGCAAUUUACGGAGUCAUUGUCUUAACAAGGAGAAACUUUAGCCAUGUGUGCAAGGAGCACUGUCCAACAAAGAGCGGUAAUUUGUGUAAACGGGAAGUCACUGAAGCAUUGAGCGCUAUGUCCUGGAUCCAAACAUUAAAAUUCAACUUAAACUGUC